AUGUUUGGGAUUCAGGAAAGCAUCCAGCGGAGUGGGAGCAGCAUGAAGGAAGAGCCCCUCGGCGCGGGGAUGAACGCGGUGCGGACGUGGAUGCAGGGAGCCGGCGUCCUGGACGCCAGCACGGCCGCUCAGAGCCCACCGAACGCCGCCGGCGCAAGCCGCUGCUCGGGCGCGGGGGCUGUGUUUGUCCGUCCGUUAUUCGCGCUGCCGCCGAGUCCUCGGGCUAGCGGAGGAGCGGUCACAUCGCGACACAUCUGCAUGUCGCAAUAG